AUGGCGGACGCGAAGAAGGUUGCCGUCACCUCUGCCACCGCAGUGGAGGAUGAUAUCCUGACGCCUUCAGCCCCCAAUACGGCACCCGACGACUCACCAUCGACCGCGGCCCGGCUUCCGGAGGAUGAUAAGUGGGACAAGUCCGACGACGGAUUGAAGGACACCGAGAGAAACGAGACAGAAGACGAAAGGAAGCUCGUGAAUGGUGGCGUGGUCAUCCGAGACGGUAACGAUGUUGCAAGAUAUGUUGUUUCGACCCAAGAUGACGGCGAUGCUGCGUGCACAUUUCGAUCCUUCAUUAUCGGAUCCGGUCUCACUGCUCUUGCGGCCUGCAUCAACCAGAUCUACUUCUAUAAGCCGGUCGAUGUUUCCUUCGCUUCAGUUUUCUUGUGUCUCAUGGCCUACGUAAUUGGCGUUGUCUGGUCUGUCGUGCUUCCUCGCCGACAUCACGUCGAGAAGUACCUGCCCUCGCAGGCGAAGUGGCUCGGUCCGGUGGUCCACUUCGUCAAUCCUGGCCAUUUUGGAUUGAAGGAGCAUGCGGUCGCUUCGAUCUUGUCCACAUCUAGUGGCAAUGGUGCCGCCAUCGUCCAGGUGUUCGGUGCUGAGCGAUUAUUCUACGAUCGAAGCACCGAUGCUGCAACCGCUAUCUUGACUGUGUUCUCCGCUUCCAUCUUUGGAUACGGUCUAGUCGGCAUACUUCGUUCUAUCCUUGUUCAUCCGAGCGAAAUGGUCUGGUGGCAAUGUCUACCCAUGAUCUCCAUCUACCAAACCCUUCACCGCGACGCGAAAGGCAGCAACAAAGAACGCCUCCGUAUGUUUGGCUUCACCUCCAUUGGCAUGUUCAUAUGGGAACCCAUCGCCUCUUACAUCUGGCCUUGGUUGAACGGCAUCUCCAUCCCCUGCCUUGCUUCGAUGAAGGCCGCGCCCCCAACCCGUAAGGUGCUGAUGACGAUCUUUGGAGGGAUAUCGUCAAACGAAGGCCAGGGAAUUCUCAACUUCUCGCUCGACUGGCAGUACAUCACGUCUCGAUACAUGUCUCUCCCGCUUCUGCAGCAAGCCAACUCUUGGGUGGGAAUCGUGCUCUCUUACAUUAUGUGCUUUAGUCUCUACUAUGGAGGGGCUUGGGGCGCCAAGAAGUUCCCCUUCAUGUCCACCGCCAUGUUCGACGAGAAGACGGGGAAGGUCUACAAUCAGACAGCGGUCUUUGGCCAGAAUGCCAUUUUGGAUACGUACGCUCUCGAGAAGCACGGCCUCCCGCGGUUGACGGCGUCAAACGUCUGGGCGAACAUGGCUGCGAUGGCUGCUAUCGGGGCACUCAUCACCCACAUCUCUCUGUUUUACGGACCACUUGUUAAGCGAUCGCUCAUUCAAGCUUGGAAGAAAACCGAAACAGACCCCCACUACAAGGUCAUGCAAGAAAACUACAAGGACGUACCUAUGUGGUGGUAUCUUGCUAUUCUUCUCGUGGGAUUCUUCACCGGCCUCGGAGCGGUGAUCAAAGGACACACAACUCUGGAUGCCUGGGCCUACCUUCUCGGGUGCAUUGUUGCCCCCUUCUCGCUGUGUCUGUACGGCCUUCUCGGUACCAGUGUUGCGACAAAUAAUCUCUCCAAAAUGCUCUGCGGUGUUCUCCAGCCCGGAAAGCCGGUGGCAAAUCUCUACUUCUCCAUGUUUAGCCACGAAGUCACUGUGCUUUCGGUAUUUCUAUCCACUGAUCUGAAGAUGGCACAGUAUCUCAAGAUCCCGUGGAGAACGAUGUUUCUUCUCCAGACUUGGGGCAGUCUGUUCGGGACCGCUCUGAACUAUGUCAUCAUGGACACCAUCGUCGCAAACAGGCGAGAGAUUCUCCUCGACCCCAUUGGAAAUCAAGUUUGGAGUGGACGAAAGAUCCAGUCUCUCAACACCACUGCCGUUACUUGGUCUCUGGCCAAGUACGUCUAUGGCUUCAAUAAAGAUGGAUAUGGCUGGAUUCCGCUGUCCAUCGUCAUCGGAGCAGCCAUUCCCGUCGCACUCUGGCUGGUCUCUCGCAAGUACAAGACCAUCUAUGGCUGGGAAGUGCGCAAGCUUGUCACGCCCGUUAUCUUCCACAACGCUUCUGAGACGACAUCCGGUACGACGUCUGUUAUCUGGUCUCAAGUUGCCACUGGUCUCUGGUCACAAUGGUACAUGCGCCUACGCCACCCUGCCUGGUAUGGCAAGUACAACUACAUUGUUGGCGGAGGUCUUGACGCUGGAGCGAAGGUUAUGAUGUUUAUUCUGACCUUUGCCGUUGCUGGAGGCUCAGGCAAAGAGGUUCCUUUUCCAACGUGGUGGGGUAACCCGGAGUCCAGCUCGAAGCAAUACGCGGACUACUGCGGUACUGGGUAA